UCAUUCCAUAACAAAGCAACACAACAUUGUUAACAGCAAAUCCCAGAAAGCACGUAGCUGAAGACUUACAGUUUUGCAAUGGCGGAAGAAUUGAAGCUGUACGGUACAUGGGUAAGCCCUUUUAGUCGCAGAGUUGAACUUGCAUUGAAGCUGAAAGGGAUCCCAUAUGAGUACAUUGAGGAAGACCUGCACAACAAGAGUCCUGAUCUUAUAAAAUAUAACCCAAUUCAUCAGAAAGUCCCUGUGCUUGUUCACAAUGGAAAGCCGAUCGUUGAGUCACUCGUCAUUCUUGAGUACAUCGAUGAGACAUGGAAGAACAAUCCCAUUUUGCCUCAAGAUCCUUAUCAAAGAGCCCUGGCUCGCUUCUGGGCUAAGUUCAUUGAAGAAAAGAUCUUACCAUUGGCAAUGAAGGUUACUAAUUCUGAAGAGAAGGAGAAAGAGAAAGUGGUGGUAGAAAUGUUUCAGCUGAUGAAAGUCCUGGAGGGUGAACUCAAUGGGAAGGAUUUCUUUGGAGGUGAAAGUAUUGGAUAUGUGGACAUUGUUGCAACUAUUAUAGCAGUUUGGUUCCAAGUGACCCAAGAAGUUAUUGGAGUAAAAAUAGUGAGUGAAGAGAAGUUUCCAGUUCUAUUCAAAUGGAUUGAGAAACUCAAAAGCAUUGAUGUUGUCAAGGAAUGCAUUCCUCCUAGAGACAAACACAUUACUUAUGUUAAAGCUCGCAUUGAAGCCGCCCUACUCAAAUCUGCUCCCAACUAAAGAGAUUCAUGUUGCCAUUAUAAGUUUAUAGCCGAUAUUUCCAGUAUUUUAUAUAUGAUUAUGUAUUUCGUAUUUUAUAUUUGGACUUGUUGAGAUUGUAUGUUUAAUCUUUUUGAUAUGAAUAAAAUUUUGGUUUGUUAUAAUGGGAAUCUUA